UGCUUCCCGAACCCAUCUCUUUCUCUCUCAACAAAACCCAAACGAAAUGCAUCAACAGCAACAGCGGUAGCGGCAGCAAUGGUGAGCUUCAACACUCUCUUCCCUUCCCCUCCUGCUAACAUGCGCCCCGGGUGCAUUUCACCACUUGGGCUCCCCCCACCAACAUUCCUACAUGCAACAAGGAAAGUUCUGGUGACAAGAGCAGCUGUGGCUGUUGAGCAGCAGCCGCAGACUAAGGUCUCUCUCAUCAGAAUCGGUACAAGAGGGAGCCCGCUAGCCCUUGCCCAGGCUUAUGAGACACGGGACAAGCUCAUGGCAACUCACUCAGAGCUAGCCGAAGAUGGAGCCAUUGAAAUUGUAAUUAUUAAAACAACGGGUGAUAAAAUUCUAAAUCAACCGCUUGCAGAUAUUGGUGGCAAAGGCCUGUUUACGAAAGAGAUAGAUGAGGCGCUCUUAGAUGAUAGAAUUGAUAUUGCUGUACAUUCGAUGAAGGAUGUGCCCACAUAUUUUCCAGAUGGGAUGAUUUUACCAUGCAACCUUCCCAGAGAGGAUGUCCGGGAUGCAUUUAUUUGUUUGACUGCAACUUCUUUAGCCGAGCUUCCAGCGGGAAGUGUUAUUGGUAGUGCCUCUCUCCGCAGACAGUCUCAAGUACUCUAUAGAUAUCCAUCACUCAAGGUGGUAAACUUCAGAGGCAAUGUUCAGACACGGUUGAGAAAGCUUAGUGAAGGGGAGGUCCAAGCAACUUUAUUGGCAUUGGCCGGGCUCAGACGUCUAGACAUGACGGAAAACGUCACUUCCAUUCUCUCCGUUGAUGAAAUGCUUCCUGCAAUCGCUCAAGGAGCUAUUGGGAUUGCUUGUAGAAGCAACGAUGAUAAGAUGGCUAAUUACAUAGCUUCAUUGAAUCACGAGGAAACCAGGUUGGCUGUUGCAUGUGAAAGGGCGUUUCUCGAGACCUUGGACGGGUCAUGUCGCACCCCAAUAGCCGGCUAUGCAUAUCGGGGCAAAGAUGGAAACUGCAUAUUUAGAGGGUUGGUUGCUUCACCUGAUGGAACACGAGUCCUUGAAACCUCAAGAACCGGUCCUUAUGCUCUGGAAGAUAUGAUUUCUAUGGGGAAGGACGCCGGAAAGGAAUUGCUUACGCGGGCGGGGCCCAGUUUCUUCGACUGGUAAACUUGAGAGCAGAGACAGAGAAAGAGAAUAAUUCCGGCAUUGAUUUUCAUUUUUGUGGAUUCAUGCCACGAGCUAAUUGUUGUAACUUUGUAAUUUUUCAAUUUGGUGUUUGUUAGGAGAGCAAGUAGAGAUCAAUUUGAAAAUCCACCUGGGAAUUCUUGUAUUA